ACAUCAAGAAUCACAGCAAAGUGCCGAGUGCUGUAGCUGCAACCUGCUGGGACGGACGACUUUAGAUCGUGAGCCAUGGCCUCCCUGCAGACCUUGACCAAGAGCUUCUCAGGAUGGGUCUUCUGCUGCUGCUGCUGCUGUCUCCCUCUUCUCCUCACCAGCCCUCUGCCUCCAAAAGGGACAGGGGUGGCUUCUACCGCCCAUCAUGCCUGCAGGCUCAGGAAGAUCAACUUCCAGCAGCCCUACAUCAGGAAUCGCACCUACACCUUGGCUAAAAUGGCCAGGGUCUCGGACCAGGACACGGACAACAGGCUCAUUGGGCAGCAGCUCUAUGUUAACAUCAAGGAAAACAACCGCUGCUACAUGAUGAAGAGGAUUGUGGAGAUUAUCGUGAAAGAUGUCCUCCUCACCGAGGCCAAGGACCAGUACCCGUAUGCUGAGGAGGUGGCACAGUUCUUGGCUUCCCUGACCUCGGAGCUGAGCAGAUGUAAAUUCUCAGGACACAGAGAGCACAUUGAAAAGAACCUGGAAGAAAUGAAGAGCAAAAUGAAACAGUUGGGAGAGAAUGGAAAGACUAAAGCCAUUGGAGAACUGGAUUUACUGUUCGACUACAUAGAAAAUGCCUGUACUGAUGCCCCAAAGAAGGGAGGGAACAAGAAAAACUGA